AUGCCCGUGCCCUCAGGCGCAGCGUUGUCUGAAACUGACACAAGCAACAGAACACACUGGUGCAAACCACUGCGCAGUCACAGACACUGUCCCAGUUCAGUUACACACAAACACUCUCCCCUAUUCAGUUACACGCACACAUUCUCCCCGUUCAGUUACACACAGACACUCUCCCUGUUCAGUUACACACACGCUCUCCCCGUUCAGUUACACACAGACACUCUCCCUGUUCAGUUACACACACACACUCUCCCCUGUUCAGUUACACACACACAUUCUCCCCGUUCAGUUACACACACACGCUCUCCCCUGUUCAGUUACACACAGACGCUCUCCCCUGUUCAGUUACACACAGACACUCUCCCUGUUCAGUUACACACAGACGCUGUCCCCGUUCAGUUACACACAGACACUGUCCCCUGUUCAGUUACACACAGACGCUCUCCCCUGUUCAGUUACACACAGACACUGUCCCCCGUUCAGUUACACACACACGCUCUCCCCUGUUCAGUUACACACAGACGCUGUCCCCGUUCAGUUACACACAGACACUGUCCCCGUUCAGUUACACACACACAUUCUCCCCGUUCAGUUACACACAGACGCUCUCCCCUGUUCAGUUACACACACACAUUCUCCCCUGUUCAGUUACACACAGACGCUCUCCCCUGUUCAGUUACACACAGACGCUGUCCCCGUUCAGUUACACACAGACACUGUCCCUGUUCAGUUACACACACACAUUCUCCCGUUCAGUUACACACAGACGCUGUCCCCUGUUCAGUUACACACACACAUUCUCCCCGUUCAGUUACACACAGACCUGUCCCCGUUCAGUUACACACAGACGCUCUCCCCUGUUCAGUUACACACAGACACUCUCCCUGUUCAGUUACACACACACAUUCUCCCCGUUCAGUUACACACACACAUUCUCCCCUGUUCAGUUACACACAGACACUGUCCCCCGUUCAGUUACACACACACGCUCUCCCCUGUUCAGUUACACACAGACAUGUCCCCUGUUCAGUUACACACAGACACUGUCCCCCGUUCAGUUACACUGUACGCCUAUUGAAAUGCAACGUGAAAGAAAGACCUCAACUUUUAAGAAUGUAUAAGCGAGUGUAGAAUUUGCCUCUCCACCUUUAUUCUAUUUAUGUUUUUCUCACGUUCUCUCCGUCCACACAGCCACAUCUCCCUCCCAUUCAUCCAUCUAUCCCUCCCACUGGUCACCCGUAAAAAUACCUUUUGUAACUGUCAUCACUGCCACCAAUUAUUAUUAUUAUUAUUAUAUUAUUAUUAUUAUUCAUGAUUGAAAACAAGUUUUAAUUACUGAAAGGUGGACUCUGACUCAGGCUAAACUUGAAUUGUUCUAAAUUGAUAUGUAUCAAACAGCAGUGCACCUUAGACACCCACAUACUAAAAACCCCAGAUACAUGUUAAUCUCAGGACCACUGCUCCUUUAAAAAAGAAAACAGAAGUGUGGAGCCGAUUCUAGCACUUCUGUGCAUGUAUGGGGAAAACAUACUGCUCUGUGAGUCUCAGCUGCUUUGGUAUGGCGGAUGCUGCUUCAGCAUAAUCCGUCAUUGACGGUUAUUGAUUGGAUGAACCCCGUGUUGAGUCGAGCUGCACAGAACUGUCACUGAAUUGACUGAACCAAUCAAGUGUAAAACCCGCAGCAAAACCAAAUGAUUGGCAUCCAUCAGAUACUGAUGUCAUGCAGUAGCCCUGCCCAUUUUGGACAUUUCUUUCUCAUCUCUCUCCCAUCAAUGGUGCCAGUAAGACAUUUCUCCAAUUCUUAUGAACUCCCCGUUUUUACAUGAGACAUUUUAGCCUUUCUGUUCGCUAGUCUUUCAACUGCUAUUGCAAGACGGGUGGCACAUUCAGGACAUGUUUCACCAAAACCUAUAUAAUAUUUGCACAUUUGCACUCCGUAACUUCACGUUGGGUAGUUGCCAAUUUUCACCAAGCUUUUUUUUUUUUUUUUCCAAUUUGGAGCAGCUGACAUACUGCUGGACGUGUGUCUACAUUGGUCAGCUCAAUGUCUGUCAAUGGUACAUUAAUGCUAUUACUAAUAUUGACAAGAGUAAUAAUAAAAUGAAGAAUAGAAACUAUAAUAAUGUCCCAAAGAAUGCAGAGGUGUGGUUCCAGGGGGGCAAAGCUGUGAAAAGACAGUUAUACAGUGCAGUCCGUAGGUAUUUGGACAGUGGCACAAGUUUUGUUGUUUUACCACUGUACAACAGUACAUUGGAUUUGAAAUGGACUAAUGAAUAUGGGGUUAAAGUGCAGACUGUCAGCAUUAAGGGUAUUUACAUCCAUAGCCACAGAUCCAUGUAGAAAUUACAGCCCAUUUUAUACAUACCACCCAUUUUAGUGGACCAAAAAAUAAUUUGACAAAUUAACAUAAUAUUAAAAUGCUCAUAUUUAAUACUUGGUUUCAAGUCCUUUACACUCAAUGACUGCCUGAAGUCUGUGACUCAGAGCCAUCAUCAGACACUGGGUAUCGUCCGUGGUGAUGCUUUGCCAGGCCUGUACAGCGACCAUCUUCAGUUCCUGUUUUUUCACUUUAACCUUGUAUUCACUGUUUCAUUUCAAAUGCAAUGUGCCGGAGUACAGAGCACAAGCAACAAAAAUUGUGUCACUGUCCAAAUACUUAUGUGCUACACUGCAUGUAUAUAUAUUCUUUCCUUUUUCUAAUUUCUUGUAGUGCCAAAUAAGAAGGAUGAGUUGGGUUUUUUAUGUUUUUUUUCCUGUUUUACUACUUUCCUUUGAGAAAAAUACAUAUUUUCUAGGGGGCAGUUGCAAUGUUGGCUGUACUGUGGAUUUUCAGGAGCACAAUGAUGAGAACGUGGCAGACUCUGUCAAACUCGGACACGGUGCUCCAAAGAACUCCGACCUCUGACCCCAAGGUUGACUGUACAGACAGGGGCCCGAGGAUGAGUCUCACAUGGACAGACAUGGUGGGCGGGGUCAAUGACCCAGAAAUGUGUCCAGAUGAGUAACUGGUGUCGCAAAGAAAAACUGCGCUCUUCUGGUUUCCUCUGGUCACAGCUAGUUGUUUUUUUUAUUUGUCCAAUGUAAGAUACUGUACUGUACUGAAUCAUUUGACCCAUUAAAACACAACAUAGAUUUUAAUUUUAAUAUUGCAAAAAGCUGAAAAAUGUAAUUAAUAAAUUUUUGCCUAUUCUUAAAAAA